AUGUACAUACACAGAAAUAUACACGCACAGACACAUGUACAUACAUACACAGACACAUGUACACACAUACACAUGUACGUACAUACACACAAACACACACAUGUACAUGUACACACACAGAUACAUGUACAUACACGCAGAGACAUGUACAGAUACACACAUGUACAUACACACAGACACAUGUACAAUUGCACAUGCAUACACAGACACACACAAACACACACACAUGUACACCACCACCCCCCCAUAAAAAGUUGCAGUACUUCGUUGUUCACUCACAGAUCCGGGUACUGCAAUCUAGGGGAGGCAGAGAGCACAGAACACACUCCUUGCUUUGCUUUCAUUGCGCUGAGCUAUUGAGCAUUCUGAUGGCUCCCAGUGCCAAUGACAGAUCUGGCCUGAGCUCCGAGCCUGCUCAGCAAGAUGGCCCUGGGGGACACACUCGCCCCCACCAUAAUUUCCACUCACCAUUGGCGAGCCGGCGGGUUGGAAAUUUCAAGCCCUGAUGUAAGUGAUGCAG